AUGAUCGGUAAAUUACAUCUAUCGAAAAGAACGGUACGAAAUGGUAUCAUAUUGAUCACGAUAAUCGGAUUAAUUUAUGGAUUCUGGUCGACUUAUGGGAUCGAAGAUAGAAUUGCCGAGUUAAAACCAGAACCAGAAUCAGAACCAAAAUCAUCGGUACAGGACGAGAAACCAGUUGAAAAGUUUUAUACUGAUGAUAGGGGUAAUGAUAUUAUACUUUCUUUGGUGCGAAACGAGGAAUUGGAUGGUAUGUUGCAAUCAAUUAGACAAUUCGAGAGACGAUUCAACAAGAAAUACCAUUACGAUUGGUGGUUUGUAAACGAUAAAAAGUUCACUGAAGAGUUCAUCAAUGGUACUUCUAAUGAAGUUAGCGGUAACGUAAAGUAUAUCACGCUUCCGAAAGAAUUUUUCGACUAUCCAGAUAAUAUCGAUCGUGGAAAAGCUGCCAAAGUUAGAGAGGAAAUGGGCAAAAAGAAAAUUGCUUAUGGCGCUAGCGAAUCGUAUCGUUUCAUGUGUAGAUUCAAUUCUGGAUUGUUUUACAAGUUACCAGAACUAGCAAAUGUUGAAUACUAUUGGCGUGUGGAACCUUACGUGAAAUUCGGAUGUGAUAUAAACUAUGAUGUAUUCCAGCAUAUGAGACAAAACGACAAAUUAUACGGGUUUGCCAUGGCCAUGGGUGAAGACCAAAAGACGAUCCCGACGUUAUGGGAACAUACGUAUAAGUAUUUUUUCGAAAUGCACCCUGAACUUGUCAGCAAACGAAACAACUUCAAAUUCAUCUCGGACGAUGACGGAGCCACGUAUAACGGAUGUCAUUUUUGGACUAACUUUGAGAUUGCCCAUUUAAAGAUAUUCAAAGACCCGAGUUAUGGGUACGAAUCUUAUUUCCAAUAUUUGGACUCACUUGGUGGGUUUUUCUACGAACGUUGGGGCGAUGCUCCGGUUCAUACGCUUGCAUUUAGUUUGUUACUAGACGUUGACCAAAUCCAUUUUGUACCCGAUACAGGGUACGCACACAAUCCAAAUCAAGAUUGUCCAAGAGAUAACCCGUUGAAAGAAAUAUUGAGAUGCAAUUGCCAAGCCUCAAAAGAUUUCACGUGGCAUCGUUGGAGUUGCGUCAGUAAGUUCUUUGAUGUGAAUGGACUGCAGAGGCCAGAUACCUUAUCACAAGUGAAGAAACACUACUCAUAUUUAUUACCAGAAAAUAAGAAUAUGGACAGGACACAGCCUAUGACAACAGAACUCAAAUAA